GCGCAUUGGGAAGCCUCAGUCGUUGGGCCCCGUUUAUCAAGACUAUAGUGGCGACACAGCAGACAUUCUCUUGAUCCAGUCGCUCAUGGGCCCCUCUGUGAUGCAAGGCUCCAUGGACGACCUCUCGUGUCUCGCCCCACUCACUCGCCUCAAGGACCUCACUCUCACGAGUCUCAACCUGACGGCCGGAGAGCUCCCUUCCUCUUUAUCCGCCCUUACAUCACUCUCCCACCUGUAA